CAGAACCGCACAUUCUGAUUCCCUGGGCCCGGAUCCGAAACCUGUAGGAGCUUCUUGAUCUGCAGCCCGCGAGAAACUCUGCGUCAUCAUGGUGACCCAGUGUGGCCUACUCACCAACAAACAGGGGCCAGUGGCCCUGAAGAGUAUCUCAGUGAGCUUGUCCAUUAAUGAGUUUGUGGCUGGUGUGUCUGCAACUCUAAACUAUGAAAAUGAGCAGAAGGUUCCUUUGGAGGUCUUCUUUAUAUUCCCCAUGGAUGAAGACUCUGCUGUCUACAGCUUUGAAGCCUUGGUAGAUGGAAAGAAAAUUGUAGCAGAAUUACAGGAUAGGAUGAAGGCCCAUGAAAACUAUGAGAAUGCCAUCUCCCAGGGCCACCAGGCCUUCUUAUUGGAGGAGGAUGUGAGCUCCAGGGAUGUCUUCUCUUGCAAUGUGGGGAACCUCCAACCUGGGUCAAAGGCGGCACUCACUCUGAAGUACGUGCAGGAGCUGUCCCUGGAAGCAGAUGGAGCCCUGCGAUUUGUGCUGCCAACUGUGCUGAACCCUAGAUACCAGCUCUCUGGAAGUUCUCAGGACAGCUGCCUUAAUAAGGUGACUCCUGUAGUCCCUUUGGAGGACCUGCCCUACACACUCAGUAUGGUCGCCACCAUCAGUUCCCAGCAUGGCAUCGAGAAAGUCCAAUCCAACUGCCCCUUGAGUCCUACUGAGUACCUUGGAGAUGAUAAGACUUCUGCUCAGGUGUCCCUGGCUGAUGGACACAAGUAUGACCGGGACGUGGAACUCCUGAUUUACUACAAUGAAGUGCAUACCCCCAAUGUAACUGUGGAGAUGGGGAUGCCGGAUAUGGGCCCAGAUUUUUUGCUGGGAGAGCCAUCUGCAAUGGUGAGUUUCUAUCCAAAUAUCCCAGAAGCCGAGCCGCCUAGUACCUGCGGAGAAUUCAUCUUCCUCAUGGACCGCUCAGGCAGUAUGGAGACCCCCAUGAGCAGCCAGAGCACAUCUCAGCAGCGCAUAGAGGCGGCCAAGGAAACGCUGAUUUUGCUGCUGAAGAGUUUACCCAUAGGCUGUUAUUUCAACAUCUACGGAUUCGGCUCUACCUACGAGGCAUUCUUUGAGCAAAGUGUGAAGUACACACAGCAAACAAUGACUGAGGCCGUGGAGAGGGUGAAGCUUAUGCGGGCAAACCUAGGAGGCACUGAAAUCUUGGCACCACUCCAGAACAUUUACAGGGUGCCCUCGAUCCCAGGCCACCCCCUGCAGCUUUUUGUCUUCACGGAUGGAGAAGUUAAUGACACAUUCAGUGUAAUUAAAGAAGUUGGAAUCAAUAAGCAUAAACACAGGUGUUUCUCAUUUGGUAUUGGAGAAGGUGCCUCCACCAGCCUAAUAAAAGGCAUUGCCCAGGCAUCAAGGGGCACGUCGGAAUUCAUCACAGGCAAGGACAGGAUGCAGGCCAAGGCUCUUAGGACCCUGAAACAUUCUCUGCAGCCUGCAGUGGAUGACGUCUCUGUCAGCUGGGUUUUGCCUCCUGGUCUGUCUGCUAAAAUGCUUUCCCCGGAAGGGACUGUCAUCUUUAAGGGUCAGAGGUUAAUCGUCUAUGCCCAGUUGUCUGGAGUGAUGCCACCAACAGAGACAACAGGACAAGUGUGCCUCAAGUAUGCAUUCCAGGGCAAGCACUUUGAGGAUAAGGUGACAUUUUCUCUACAACCCAAGCCUGAUGCCAACUUCACCAUUCACCGCCUUGCUGCCAAGUCCUUUAUCCAGACCAAGGACAUGGGUUUCACGGAGACACCGGCAAGUAACAGAAAAGAAGUGUUAAAUAUCAGCCUUGAGACUGGAGUCAUUAGCUCUUUCACAGCUUUCAUUGCCAUCAACAAGGAGCUCAACGAGCCAGUUCAGGGGCCCUUGUCUCAAAUGGAGGUUCCGAGGCCAGUUCUGAUGCCCCGUCUACGUGGAGGUGGAGUAGGCGCAGCCCAACCUCCUGGUUUCAACCCAUUGAUGAUGUGCGCCCUUUUUAAAGCAGACUAUAACCUGCCGCAGAUUCAGUCUAGCAGUCCUCUUCAUGCAAAGUAUAAAAUGAAAACGACUCAUUCUGCCACCAAUAGGAACAACUUGGGAACUCACCGUACAGCCAAAGCCACUAGGGGGAACCCUGUUAUACAGCUGAUAUCCCUCCAAAAUGCAAAUGGUUCCUGGGAUCCCAGUGAAGAUCUGGCCAAGGCCCUUGACAUGAGUUUGGAAGAUAUAAUGGCUGCACAUCCCACUGAGCUCGUGGACCCCUUAGGCUGGGCCACCAUCCUGGCGGUGAUCUGGCUGCAUACCAAUGCUAAGGACUUGAAGUGUGAGUGGAACCUUCUGGAAAGGAAGGCUGUGACCUGGAUUCGCCACAGUACAGGCCCCAUCAUGCCAACGAUUGUGAAAGCCGCUAUUAGCUUCCUGAAAUCACCCGUGGAUCCUGCUAUCUUUGCCAUCUGAGCACGUCAUCCAGGAACAGAAGUGCCUCUUGUUGGCUUCUGCCACUUCCGUUACCAUCUCUUCUGCUGUGAUAAUGAUUUGGGUCUUAUACCUCUUCUGUCAGUUUCCUGCCAUAAAAGUAAAGGGUGCCCCCCACCCCUUGCUCCUCUGUUCCACAUUCCCUUUGCUUCUGAUUUUCCCUUCCUUGCCAUGUUCACUCAGACAAGUGACAGUGGUCCUAGGCCCUAUUCCCUUUCUUGGAGAAGUUCAAAGGAUUGAUACACACUUGGUUUCCCAUAGUGACAACAUGAAAAACAGGUGACAUGGAUUUCAGACUAAAGGCUGCAACACUGAUGUCAGGAUGCCUGACUUAGAUAAUUCUCUGCACUCUCUUUGUCUAUUCAAUUUUAAUCUUAAUACUUAUCAGGACCAUACUGGUGAGCUUGGAAGUUUUCCAUCCUUAGGAAGAGGAGUUAGAGGGAGGUGGAAAGCCAAACAUUAGGAUCAGUGUAAGCUCAAGAUCACAAAGGGAGACUAAAGCGGUCCACUGUGAGAGUCGGCACUGUUGGGACCUUGUGCUGUGCUGGCCUACCCUACGUGCCUUUCCUUUACUGUUCUUACUGCCUCUGAGACUUGGAUUGAGCUAUCCUUGAUGGAGAGAAGUGUUUCUCCUUGAUCCUUAAAUGCCUUAGAACUCGAUAGAAUGGACUCCUUCGUCCUCACCUGAAUCUGGGCGACCUCUAAGUCAGGCUCUGAUCUAGUGUAAUCAAGGGAAGACGGGGUUUAAUGGCAGCUUUGCUUGAGACCCGAACCUGGAUCACUUACCACACGAGGAGGAAAGGAGCUCACGUGAUUGCCCCAGACCCUUAGGCCUCACCUGCCUUUCUUAGUGGGAGUGGCCCUUCUGGAUGUGCUGCUCUCCAUAACUGUUGUGUUAAUAUUAAAUUAGUAGU